AUGCCUGACGUAUGGCCUGACUCGCUGAAUCCAGAGGAUUUAUAUGCAACCAGGAGUCAGUCACAAGGCCAAAUGUCCUCAAGGCACAUUGGCUCGGAGUUACUAUGGGAAAUGCUUCUUGCCCGAGGUCAAGUUUUCAUUAAACGUUUCUAUUACACCCAUGUGGUCGUUGAUGGAGAUGAAACCUGCUUCCACAGAAUGGACUACCAACUUCAGACCUCCCGCAUUCUCGAGCCUACAAGGCAUCGAGGCAGGGACGCUUUCCAUUGGUUGAUCAUUGGACGCAAAUCAGCAUUCAUUGAGUCAAAACUAUGGGAUUUUGGAUCGAAUGAUUGCAAAGGGAUUUAG